AUGGGAAAUAAUCAGUCAUAACAUAAAAGUCAUUCAAAGCCUAAAAUGAAGAAAAAAGAACAUUUUAAGAAAUUUUUUGUAACAAAGAAAGAUAUGUAAGCUUCUUAAUUAAGUAUAUUAGUCUCUUUUCUAAAUUAUCAUAAAAAACAGCAUCUCUAAUUACAAGCUUUAUAAAUAUUUAGGAGUUUAACAAUUUAAUUUAAGCAUCAAAAACUACAUAUGAAAUAUUUAAUUAAACAUCUGGUUGUUUUUAAAUAGAAUGCUAAAGACUUCUUAAUGUGAAAUGUGAGUUAAUAUAAUCUAAAAAUUGGAAAUUUAUAUUAUAAAGUGUAAUAAGCAUUCCAAUAAGAACACUUCCUUAUGGAGAAGCAAUUAAAAGUGUGAGAUACUAUAUUAAAUAAUUACCAAUCUUUUUAGAAUAGAAAAUAAAUUAUAGUGGAUUUUAGAAAGCCAUUCUAUAUUCUGAAAAUUAUCUAAAUUAAUAGAAAAAAAUUAUUAAGAGAGCAGACUACAUGGAAGCAUUAUUAUUUGCAUAAAAAAAUACAAAUACAAUAUUAAGAUUAAGGUAAGGACUAGAUAUUCAUACUUAAUUACCAGAAAUGCUAAUGUUAAUCUAUAAUUUGCAUGAUUAUGUCAAAAUUUUUUGUUAAUAUCUGGAAAUUAGAUUUUCUCGAUGUAACUUGGAAUAAUUUAUAUAAAUGUGGCAACAUUAUUAAGGGUGGAUUAGUUCAGUUGAAAAUUAGACUUUUGACUUAAUAUUCUAGUUUAAUAAUAUUAUUGAUGAAAGUUUUCUUUAAUAUAAAUUACCAAAAUAUACUGUCAGACAUUUUAUGGUAUGUGAGUGGCUAAAAAAAGCAGACAAGGGAGAAAUUAUUGUAAAGUUAAGAGAAGAAUUUAGAUUGAAAAUGAUAGAAUGUAGAAAUCAAAAUAUAAAAUCUUAGUUUUUGAAAUAAUAUGUUUAAUACCUCAUUGAUAUAAGUACUAAUUAAAACAACAUUAAGAAAUAUGGUUAUUAUAACUUCAAAUACUGUUCAGAACUUAACCAAUUAAUUAACUUAACAAUUAAUUUAACUCCUAAAUUAUAAAUUGAAUAUUAAUAAGAUGAAAAUUUGUUAAUUCAUAUAUUUGGAUAGUAUGUAUACGAUUAUUAUAUUUUUGAAAUGUCAGCUGCAUUUAGAGUAGAAUAAUUAAAAUUUGAAAUAAAGUAAUUUCAUAAGGAAAGCCAAUAAAUGUCUAAAGUAUUAUUUAAAAAUAUUGAAGAUUAAAAUAUUCACAAUAAUUUAUUAGAUAAUCAUCAAGUUUCUGACUUUAAAUACCAUUUAUCUAUUAACUAUAACAUUUAACUAAAAAUUAGAUCUUUAUUUAAAUAGGUCACUUAAAGGGAUGAUGAUAUUUAAAAUUCAUUAAAUAAUAUUGUAUCAGAAAGCUUAGGAACAUCUGGGAUAUCAUUAACAUCUACUAAUUGUAGCUCAGUAUUUUCAAGCGUAAAAAAUAAUGAUUAAUUAUAUCAUUAUAUUAAAUUUUAUUAAAAAGAAUUAUUUAAUAAAAUUCAAAGAUUUUAUUGCAAGGAAUAAGAAGUGUUACAAUAUUCAUUAGAACAGGAAUAAGGAACAGAAACUCUAUAUGAUAUACCAGAAUUAGCAGAGUAUGAUCUUCUUUAGAAUUAGAAUCUAAUGGACUUAUUUAUCAAUAGAACUUAAAGAUCUAAUGCCAUAUAUUAAUUAGAAAGAAGAUAAUCUAGUUUAAUAUCUAGUUACCAGAAUAAUAAUUAACAAAUCUAAACUCAAACUCUUAAUCUAGCAGAAUAACUCAUUAAAUAAGUUUUAAAAUGA